UCGCAUCAAAGAGCAAGAACUCUUUUCCAGCAUGAAUUCCUCUUUACAUUCUUCCUCUCCCUCAAAAAUACUAAAAUCAAUCCCGAAAUCAUAAAUUCCUCCCCAAAAAUCUCCCUACAAACUAAAUCAACAACAACAACAACAAAAAAAAAUCAUCGAUUGAAAUCAAUGGACGGAGCAUACUGCACAGCUUCUUCCCCAACGUCUUCGCCGGGGAUUCCGAAGCGGCAGCGGCGGGAGAAGCCCUACCGAGGCAUACGGAUGCGCAAGUGGGGGAAGUGGGUGGCGGAGAUACGCGAGCCGAACAAGCGCUCCAGAAUCUGGCUCGGCUCCUACUCCUCCCCCGUCGCGGCGGCGCGCGCCUACGACACCGCCCUCUUCCACCUCCGCGGCCCCUCCGCGCGCCUCAAUUUCCCCGAGUUCGCCGCCGAGGACGCCGCCGACGGCCUGUCCGCCGCCGCGAUCAGGAAAAAAGCCACCGAGGUCGGCGCGAGAGUCGACGCCAUGCAAACGGGAUCGGGCCGGGCCUCGGAGAAGCCCGAUUUGAAUGAGUUUCCCAGCCCGGAGACCUCGGAGGAGAAUUGAAUUAGUCUGAUUUUUUUUUGUUUUUUUUCUUUUUUUAAUAUUCGCGGGAAAAUUAACUGUAUUUUCUUCAAUUCGGUUUAUAUAAAGAAAAGAUAAUUGUAUAAACCUAGGGAAUAAGAGGUUGUAUGCGUCGAAAUUAUUUAAAUUCUGAUCAAUAAUAGUAUGGGCUAUUUUAUGAUGA